CUCCUCCUACUCCAUCACCUGCCCAAGGGGUUGCCAUCCUCGGCUGGGGUGCGUGUGCGUACGUGAAUGUGUGAUGAAGAAGAGGACGUAUUUGCGUCCGUGAAUUGCGUGCGUGCGUGCAUAUCUUGGAAAGCAGGCAGGGCCCUCCCGCAACCACCCAUCCACCCCGACGGGCAGAGUGCGGAUCGAAACGGGGUGGCCAAAUGUGCCCGUGAACGGGCUGUUGGCUAGGGUGGUGGAAUGGGAAGCAGAAGAAGCAAAAGAAGUGAAAGAAAGAAUGAACGCACAGACACUGUGUGGGGGAGAAGAAAUUGCAUUGAUCUAGGAAAUAGCAGUAAGUUAUGCAUAUUAUAAAUCAGCAUGAAUGGAAAAGGCGGCAAAGUUCCGUUGUCAGUGGCUCGCCACUCGACGUACAACGCGAUAGCAUUGGAGCAGAUCAAGAACGAAUUAAUGCCGUACGAGACAGGUCAAGCUUUGGGUGGUAGUCAGCUCGUCGCACCGUUGAAGCGCAAACCGAGCAUCGAGAAGGAUGCCCCGCAAUCGCCGCUGCACAUGCAGCGCACCAGUCCGGCCCUCGAUUCCGGUGCCGGUAGCUCACGCUCCAACAGUCCCCACUCGCAGCAACCGUUCUCGUCGGCGGCCCUGGUGGGACGCAGCUCGCAAUACUCACCAUCGCCCUGCCCGACCAACUUCAGCGAUGCGCCGCCAAUACCGCCGCCGCGCUGCUCCUCCACACCGUCCACUCCUCAGCCACCGAAUCCGAUGCAUCUGCUGAAGCGCAUGUCACCGGCGUCGGUGGCAUCCGGUCGGAAUGGGCAGUUCGGUGGGGCGGCCUCUCAAUCGCCUGCUCGCGGCUCUUCGCCCAUUGCCAGCGGUGGGAAUCAUCAGCUGCGGCAACCGAUCAUCGUACAGAAUGGGCCACAGGUGCAGCAGCAGCUUAGCCAGCAGAUGGCGGUAUAUACGGGAAACGAACCACCGCCACCCUAUCCACAAAUUGGACCGUCAUCUCCGCCCAACUACCUGACGUCGUUUCACAGCCGCCAGAGCCCGACCCAAUCGUCGACGCAGUCGGACUUUCGCAAAAGUCCCAGCUCGGGCUUCUACUCGAACGCAUCGAUCGGUUCGUCCAGUCCGAUUACCGUUUCGCAAGGCAGUACAGGUGGCGGCGGUGGUGCAGGUGGGAGCUGCUCAGUGGGUGGGAUAGGUGGUUCGAUACAGCGUCCAAUUCCGUUGCAACCGAAACCAUCCACUGUGCAUACACCGGCUUCUAAGACGGGAACCCACAAUCCGAUCAUAAUGCACUCGGUCAAAUCGACACAGGUGCAGAAGCCAAUCCUGCAAACGGCAGUCGCACCACCCGCACCGGCCGGUGCUGUUGCGAGUGGUAGUGGUGGUGCUGGUGGAGGUGGCAGUGGUGCUGGUCAUCCGAUGCUCAACAAUCCACCGCCACCAUCGUACGCCGUCUCGGUGCAGCACAAGCUGAACAAGGCGGCCACCGGUUACGCAACACCACCGUCACCUUCUCCAUCGGGUCUUGCGCAUGACGGGACGGCUGGCCGCCAUACCGGGGGAUCGUCGGGUCCGUCGGGUCCGCCAGGUACGGGCAGUGGCGUUCCAAAGCAACCACUGCGAGCCAAACCAUCGCCGCCCGGGCUACAAACCGUGCUUCCUUCUAAUGUGCCAGUGCAGACCGGCGGUGGUACUGUGAAUGGUCAAUCGUCACCCGCCCAACCACAGGUGCUGUCGAACAAUGGUGGUAACGGCGGUACCAACAGCCACAAUCAUAGCGCCACCGGUUCACCGAACGAUCCACCGUCGUACGAUUCGACGAUGAUACUGCUGCAGAAACAUUCAUCGCCCAAGAAAGAACCUCCGCCAGCAUAUCUGCUGGAUGGUGGCGGUGGUGGUGGUGGUACUCCACCACCACUUCCACCAUCACCUCACUGUCCCCCGUCGGCAAUGGAAAUGGAGCAGCAGCAGCAGCAGCAACAGCAACAUCGAAGCAAUAGCGGCAGCGGGAGUAACAAUCACCACCAGUCACAUCAACACCAUCACCUGCAUCAUCUGCACCAUCAGCACCAUAACGGGCACAGUGGCAAUGGUGAUAGUAGCGGUGUGAACGGCAAUGGUGCAAACGUAAACGGUGGGAAUGGCAUGAACCUAUCCAGCGCCAACUCCAGUACCAACGGCAGUAGUAGUCAUAAUGCGAAUUUUAAUACUAUUAACAGUAAUAUGAGUAGUAACACUAACGCAAAUGCAAAUAAUAAUAUGAAGAGUAGUAUGCAUAACAAUCAUAAUCAUGAUCAUGCGGGCGGAAUGAUGCAUGGCACCAGCAUCGUCAGCAAUGGUAAGGUGACCGGACAUUCGCGAACCGUCGAUGAGGAACGGCUGGUGCACCAUCAUCACCAUCUGCACCAUGGACCAGCCACCACUAACGGGCUGAUGCAGCAUGCGGGUGAUCCGAAACAGUUGCCAUUGCCGAAAGCACCGUUGAAAUCUUCCGGUAACGCUAACGCCGCAUCGCCACAUGGUUUUACCGGUGCGCUAAAAAGUAUCGGUGCGCUGAUGGGUGGAAGCGGUGGCCAACAGCAGUCGCAACAGCAGCAGCAGCAACUAAACCAUCACCAACAGCAUCAUGCGGUAACGCACGAAGCUAAGCAGCGUGGUAUGGUGACAACAUCCAGCAGUGGCGUGCGAAGUAGUCUCAUGAAAUCGGUUCGCUUUCCGACCGGUAACAGCAAUGGGCCAGCACCGGCCUACACGAAUGGUGGUACACCUAGCCCCGGUAUGGAUCAUGGGCUACCGGGCAGCAGCAGCACUGAAUCAUCAUCCUCCACCAUGCCAACCUCAACUGGAGCGAACGCAGUCGCAGCAAAUGCGGUCGUUGGUAACGCUUCCUCCAGUGGUGGUAGUGCCGGUGGUGGAGGCGGCGGAGGAAGCGGUAGUGGCGGCGGUGGUGGUGGAGAAGACAAUCCGCGUAAGAUAAAACAUCAAUCGCCGAUACCGGAGCGAAAGAACCUGUCCAAGGAGAAAGAAGCAGAACGGUCCGAGUGUAAGGUGAAGCACUACUCACCGCAGGCGUACAAGUUCUUCAUGGAGCAACACAUUGAGAACGUGCUGAAGUCAUACUCACAGCGCAACUUCCGCAUCAAGCAGCUGGAAAGCGAAAUGUCGAAGCUCGACUUGCCAGAGGAGACAAAGAUCGAGAUGCGCAAGCUGCUGUGCCAGAAAGAAAGCAACUACAUACGGUUGAAGCGCGCCAAAAUGGACAAGUCGAUGUUUGCCAAGAUAAAAACGAUCGGCGUUGGAGCGUUCGGGGAAGUGACGCUCGUGAAGAAGAUCGACACGACCAAUCAUCUGUACGCGAUGAAAACGCUUCGCAAGGCGGACGUGCUCAAGCGGAACCAGGUGGCGCACGUUAAGGCCGAGCGGGACAUUCUAGCGGAAGCCGACAACGAGUGGGUGGUGAAGCUGUACUACAGCUUCCAGGACAAGGAUAAUCUUUACUUCGUGAUGGAUUACAUACCGGGUGGAGAUCUCAUGUCGCUGCUGAUCAAGAAAGGAAUAUUUGAAGAAGAUUUGGCUCGGUUCUACAUCGCCGAGCUGACCUGUGCGAUUGACAGCGUUCAUAAAAUGGGAUUCAUUCACCGAGACAUCAAGCCGGAUAAUGUGCUGAUCGAUCGGAAGGGACAUAUCAAGCUGACGGACUUUGGUCUGUGCACCGGUUUCCGCUGGACGCACGAUUCCAAAUACUAUCAAAAGAGCGACCAUGGAAGGCAAGACUCGAUGGAGGCGUGGAGCAAGUUUGGUUCGGAAAUUCCCCCACCGUUGGAAAGGCGAAAGUUCCGGGAGAAAAACCGCGCCAAAGCACACUCAAUCGUCGGUACGCCCAACUACAUCGCACCGGAGGUGUUGCUGCGAAGCGGCUACACGCAGCUGUGUGAUUGGUGGAGCGUCGGCGUCAUACUGUACGAGAUGCUAGUCGGACAGCCUCCCUUUUUGGCAAACACAGCAGAGGAAACACAGAUUAAGGUUAUAAACUGGCGGCAAACGUUGCGCAUACCGGCGGAAGCGCAACUGACACCGGAAGCGAAGGAUAUCAUACUGCGGUUGUGCAAAAACGAGGACGAACGGAUUGGGCGGAACGUGGACGAAAUCAAGUCGCACCCGUUCUUCCGCACGAUCGACUUCAGCAAGGAUCUGCGUAGCCAGCAGGCACUGUUCGAGCCCAAAAUCAAGUACCCGACCGACACGUCCAACUUCGAUCCGAUCGAUCCGGGCCGGCUGCAGGAUUCGUCCUCGUCCUGCGACGAGGGCGGCCACGGCAACCUGGACGAGGUGUGCGACAGUGGGAAACCGUUCCAUCACGGGUUCUUUGAGUUUACCUUCCGGCGGUUUUUCGACGACGAAUGUGAUCACAAAAUCACGCUCGACUCGAGCGAGGGACAGGCGGAAGCUAUUUAUGUAUAAAAUAAUAAUUACUAAUAUUAUUAAUCUAUUAAUUAUUACCGACCCCUAAUAAGCGCUAAAUCCAUAAAUAUUUUAAUCUAUCUCUUCUAAUCAUGCACGCAAGCGCGCUGCCAGCGAGGACGUUUUGCGCGCCACGAUUAAAUUUGCACAGUUUUAGGAUACGUUCUCUCUCAACGGUUUUUGUGUUGCGUUUAGCGCCGUUUCGUGCGAAAACGACGAAGUAAUUAGGGUGAAGGGAGCGGACUGGUUAGUAUCAGAUCGACCGUAGCGAAAUCCCAACUUCUUGCGUUGGAAGGGGAUUCUAAAACAAAAACAGAAAAGCAGGACUACUUUUAGAAAUAAUGAAGGUUAACAACACACGAUAAAGUGCUCUUAUAAAAUUACACACGUACACCUGGACAGGAAAUUUGAGGCCUUCUUGUUGAAAACGCAAAGGACACGCGCGGUCCUUUGUACUAGAGAAUAGAUAGAGAAAACGUUGAACACAGUGGGAAUCUAUAUUGGAACAGGGGCAACGAUCGAAACUAGGUUAGGCGAACGCGCAACCCUUCAGUGUAUAGGGGUUGCCUCGUACACACACACACACCCACACCCACAAACACACAUCAGUGCCGGCUUCAGAUAUAUACAGGUUUUUCGUUUUGUCGAUGAUUAAUAUAACUAUUAUUAUUUUAUUACUUUUAUACGCGAAUUGUUGUACAGUGCAAAUAUGUGUGAUUCUGAAUUUACAGAGUAUUUAGAACGUAAGAUGGGAGCGGGGGGAAUGAGUGAAAAAGAGAAAGAGAGAAAUACGGAUUAACAGAAAAAGGAAACAAAAAUGAAAGAGAAACACUAGCUAAACGUAUUCUGAAUCGUAAUACUCUCGGUAGAAUCGAAAUUGGUCACGACGAAUCACGGCGGAACAAACAAACGCCAACAGCUAUGGAUAGAACGAACUAGAAAACGCAGAAAAAAUGGUGACAAAUUAUAGGAGAAGGAAAAACAAAACAAUCAUUAAAUCGAUAGAUAGAAAACGGUGUUUAAAAUGGAAUAGAGGCAUGAGAAAAAGGAACACUACAGCAUCAGCAAAGUAAAGUAAACAAAAGAAGCACAUAACAGUUGAAGAAAAGAAACAGGAAUGAAAGAGGUAAAGCGAGAAUGCUCAACGGUGAAACAAGUGAAUGUGAAGGUACACGUUUAAUUGUUGUUUUUGUUGUUGUUGAUGUUAUGUACACCGGUAGUGAAAAGGAUCAGAAAAACACACAAACAUAAAAGGAACAGCAUCAGUUAUUUGGCCUUAGCACGAGUUUUUUUUUUUUAAUUUUUCAUGGUACGCGCAAGCAAGCGAAAAUGGAAAGACGGCCAGACGCGGUACCUUUUUCUCAUCACAAAUAAAAAGCGGAAUAAAAUCAAAAUCGAUCGA